AACCGCCAAACAACGCUACAGGAUAAUUCCCGAAACAUUCCAUCAAAGAGUCCUCGAACAAACAAAGAAGCCUACAACGCAUACCUGGUGUAAAAUUCGUGUUUCUUCUACGAUUUCCGUGCGAAGUUGAAGCGGUCCACUAGUGGCAAAAGCGUAUCUACCAAAAAGAAGCUACAAAGAUGAGUGUGAAAGAUAUUUACUAUUCGGAUAAAUAUUACGACGACGACUACGAGUACAGACACGUAGUGCUACCUAAGGACAUAGCGAAAUUGGUUCCAAAAACACACCUAAUGUCAGAGUCCGAAUGGCGAGCAAUCGGUGUCCAGCAAUCUCGCGGCUGGGUACACUACAUGAUUCACCAGCCCGAACCACAUAUUCUACUGUUUCGAAGGCCCAUCACGAAGGCGUAAAUCGAUGCUCCAGCGAUCGUUCUUCAGGACGAUAUGUCGAUGUGUGCAGUGAGUGCAUGUAUUUGCGUGAGUGUGUGCGUAUCCUCCGAACAGCCCGGAGACCCCUACGCGCCGUGAAGAUUCUGGAAAUGUUCUACGUAGCGUCGUCUUCCCGGAUGUAAAAUAAGCUCGUCGCGUACGUACACAUCUCAACCCAGCCCAAGCGUCAUUGUUGUGUUUUGUUGUGGUUCGCCCGUUCUGCUAUUCUGUCUGUUGUGUAAAAUUGCUAAAACAUUUCAUUUCCCUCUCCGUCAUCAACUUGUUAAUGGUGAUUUUUAAUCCGUGGUUUCGUUAGACGUCAUCGAAGAAAUUCUACCGGGCAUGUACCGGUUUAUUUGUGGGUGCAUUGUACAUCACACCGGCUGGUGAUCAAUUAACCGUGCUAAUUCAUCUCAGGCAUGAUGGACAAAAGAAGUCUGUAAAUUCACCAACAGCAUCAAACAGUAGCAAACGUUCAUGUGCGAUAAAAGGAGCAUGUUAAAUGAAGGGUAGACAUACUUCACGAAGCAGGAAAUCGCGAUCUAGGAAAAAGGCGUACAAUUCUCGCAAACUGGAUGUAAUACCUCCCCCAAUGUAUUCCCUCUCUUUUUUGUUCUUUAAUGUACAGAUUUUUCCUGACGAAUGUAUUUUGUUCUGUCUGCAAAAAAGCGAAAUGUGUGCCUUUUUCUAUAAAACCACGAAAUUACAUUUAAGGUAAAUUGUACAAAUAUAUU